UAAAUCUCAGUAGCCUCAUUCCAGCCUCUGCUACAGACUAGAGUGCUACUGCUGAGCUCGUUGACCUCUUUCUGGGUGUUUCUGUCCAGGCUGAGCAAGGAUGCCAGAGCCUGCAAAGAAAACAGCUUUCACCAAGAAGCCAAAGUCAGCUGAAGUGGUAGCUGGUGGCUCCGUCGUCUUUGACGCUGAGACUGAGAAGGCGGGCGUUAAGGUGAAAUGGCAGAAGAACAACGCAGACAUCGCUGCUAGCGACAAGUACGUCAUCAAAGCUGAUGGCAAAAUCCACUCGCUGACCAUCAACAAUACAAGUGCUGAAGAUGAGGUGGUUUAUUCCGUUAUCGCCGGGACCUCAAAGGUGAAGUUCGAGCUCAAAGUGAAAGAACCAGAAAAAACAGAAGAUGCCCCAGCACCUGCUCCGGAGGUCCCAGCACCUGCCCCUGAGGCACCAGCAGCGGAGGCACCUGCCCCAGCCCCAGCACCAGAAGAAAAGACAGAGGCUCCCCCUGCUGAGGCUCCUGCUCCCGAACCAGAGGCUCCACAAGAUCCAAUUGGCCUGUUUAUGCAAAGACCCGUGGAUGGCGAGGUGACUGUCGGUGAUAACAUCAAUUUUACUGCAAAGGUGAAUGCCACCAACCUCAUAAAGAAACCAGUGGCGAAAUGGUUCAAAGGCAAAUGGAUGGACUUGUCUACUAAAGUUGGCAAACACCUACAGAUCACAGAGACAUAUGAUCGCAACACAAAAAUUUAUACCUUUGAAAUACACAUUAUCAAGGCCAAGACCACAUAUGCGGGAGGCUACCGCUGUGAAGUAUCCAGCAAGGACAAAUUUGACAGCUGCAAUUUCAAUCUGAAUGUUAAUGAAGCCUCAAAUGCAGGAGACAUUGAUAUCCGUGCUGCAUUCAAGCGGACUGGAGAUGGAGCAGAGGAAGCCGGAGAGUUGGACUUCAGUGCCCUUCUUAAGAAAAGAGACAAUGAGGCGAAGCAAGAGGCCGUGCCGGACGUUGAUGUCUGGGAUAUCCUUCGUAAGGCCCCACCAUCCGAGUACGAGAAGAUUGCCUUCCAGUAUGGUAUCACUGAUCUGCGUGGACUGCUGAAACGUCUCAAGAAGAUGAAGAAGGAGGAAAAGAAGAGUGAAGCUUUCCUGAAGAAACUGGAUCCAGCCUACCAAGUCGAUAAGGGAUCAAAGAUGAAGCUCGUUGUGGAAGUGGCCAAUCCUGAUGCAGAAGUGAAAUGGCUGAAGAAUGGCCAAGAGAUUCGUGUCAGUGGAAGCAAGUACAUCUUUGAGAGUAUUGGCAACAAAAGGAUCCUGACCAUUAACAACUGUUCCCUGGCAGACGAUGCUGCUUAUCAGUGUGUGAUUGGAGAGGAGAAAUGCUUUACUGAACUGUUUGUCAGAGAGCCUCCUAUACUGGUCUUGCGACCACUGGAAGAUCAGGCGGUGAUGGUGGGAGAGAGAGUGGAAUUCGAGUGUGAAGUAUCAGAGGAAGGUGCGCAGGUGAAAUGGGAGAAGGAUGGAGUGGAGCUGACCAGAGAAGAAACCUUUAAAUAUCGCUUUAAGAAAGAUGGAAAGAAGCAUUUCCUUUAUAUUAAUGAGACCACACUGGAAGACAGUGGCAACUACACCGUCAAGACCAAUGGAGGGGAGUCAGUGGCUGAGCUGAUGGUGCAAGCAAAGCAGCUGGAGGUUCUUCAGGAUGUGGCCGAUCUGACCGUCAAGGCUAAGGAACAGGCCGUCUUCAAGUGUGAGGUGUCCGAUGAGACUGUCACUGGAAUAUGGGUAAAGAACGGAAAGGAAGUGGUUGCCAACGACAGGAUCAAGAUCAGUCACAUUGGAAGGGUACACAAACUGACCAUUGACAAUGUGGUGGCCUCAGACGAAGGAGACUAUUCCUUCAUUCCCAAUGGAUUUGCUUUCAAUCUGUCUGCCAAACUGCACUUUAUGGAGGUGAAGAUUGACUUCGUCCCCAGACAAGAGCCACCAAAGAUUAAACUGGACUGCGCGUCUGGAAAUGCUGACACCAUCAUUGUGGUUGCCGGCAAUAAACUGCGUCUGGAUGUUCCUAUCACUGGAGAUCCGGUACCAACUGUGACUUGGAGCAAAGGAGAUAAGGUCAUACAGCAGAAACCUGUCCGGGCUGACAAUGAGUCUGGGGUGGAGAUGGACGAGGAUGUGGAUCUCAUUUCAGAAACUGACGGCAGAGUUCAUGUGGAGACCUUCGCCGACCAUUGCGUGUUCAUCAUUGAGGGUGCAGAGAAGUUGGAUGAAGGUGCCUACACCGUGCUGGUGAAGAAUGCCGCUGGAGAGGAUAAAGCCACUGUCAAUGUCAAAGUCAUUGAGGCUCCAGACCCUCCUGAAGCCCCCAGGAUCCUUAACAUUGGAGAGGACUUUUGUACUGUACAGUGGGAUGCACCCAAGUACAAUGGAGGCAUGCCAAUUCUGGGUUAUGUCCUGGAGAGGAAGAAGAAGAAAAGCUACCGCUGGAUGAGGCUGAACUAUGACCUGGUGAAUGAACUGAGCUAUGAAUCUAAACGGAUGAUUGAGGGGGUCAUAUAUGAGAUGCGUAUCUAUGCAGUAAAUGCCAUCGGUAUGUCUCGUCCCAGCCAGCCCUCCCAGCCAUUCAUGCCCAUUGCUCCUACCAGUGAGCCCACUCAGCUGACAGUGGACGAUGUCAGUGACACCAGCGUCACACUGAAGUGGAGACCUCCAGAGAGGAUUGGUGCAGGAGGACUGGAUGGCUACAUCGUGGAAUACUGCAAGGAGGGUUCCUCAGAAUGGGUACCGGCUCUUCAAGGCCUGACUGAAAGGACCUCAGUUAUGAUAAGAGACCUGCCCACCGGGGAGAGACUCACUUUCAGGGUCAAGGCCAUGAACCUGGCAGGACCCAGCGACCCAUGCACCAUGAAGGAGCCUGUGACCAUCCGGGAGAUCAUGCAAAGGCCAAAGAUCUGGCUCCCUCGUUACCUGAGACAGAAAUUCGUGAAGAGGGUUGGUGAGACGGUGAACAUUGUUAUUCCAUUUCAGGGAAAGCCUCGCCCUGUGGUCACCUGGCUGAAGGAUGGACAGCCCAUUGAUCCAAAACAGAUCGGUAUCAGGAACAGUGAAGCUGACACCAUCCUCUUCAUCAGAUCAGCCGAGAGGCAUCACUCUGGACAGUACCAAGUUAAGAUCCAGAUUGAGAACUGUGAGGACUCGGCUACCAUCGCUAUCCAGAUAGUGGACAAGCCCAGCGCUCCUCAGAAAUUGAAGAUUGUGGAAGUGUGGGGAUUCAAUGUGGCUAUAGAAUGGGCUCCACCCCAGGAUGAUGGAAAUACUGAGAUAACGGGUUAUACCAUCCAAAAAGCAGAUAAGAAGACUAUGGAAUGGUUCACCGUGUUUGAACACUACAGACGUCUGCACUGUGUGGCGUCUGAUCUGAUCAUGGGUAAUCAGUACCACUUCCGAAUUUUCAGUGAGAACAUGUGUGGACUCAGCGAAAAUCCUAUAACCUCCAAAGACUUUGCAACUAUAAUGAAGUCAGGCACUGAAUAUAAACCCCCCAAUUACAAAGAUCACGAGUUUGAGGAGGCCCCCAAGUUUACGCAUCCACUUGUGAAUCGCUCCGUAGUUGCAGGGUACAAUGCGACUCUCAGCUGUUCUAUACGUGGGACACCCAAGCCCAAGGUUACUUGGUACAAGAACAAGAUGGACCUGUCUGGAGAGGCUCGUUACAGGUCUUUCAGUAAGCAGGGAGUACUGACCCUAGAAUUGAGAAAGCCUAGCCCCUUCGAUGGAGGUGUCUACACCUGCAAAGCUGUGAAUGAACAUGGAGCAGCAGAGACUGAAUGCAGACUGGAAGUCCGAGUGCCGCAGUAAAUGACUGGAUGGUGGCUGGCAGGUGGCGCUGUCAGGAAGAAGGAUUUGAUCUUGGAAUUCGCUAUCCGUAUUCUUCAGUCAUUUUAUAACAGACACACAUACAACUCCCAUACACACUACAACGUUCUGAUUACUUCAUAUCCGCAGAUUGUAUUGUACUGUCACUCUGAUACUUGGCUUGGUAUUCUGCAGAAGACAUGAGCUUGGAUUGAUGGUUUUUGUUGUUGAUAUUUUCUAGACUAUGACGGGUAGGUGAGAUAAUAGUAAUAAUAGUGCCAUAAUAAAAUAUGUAAGUACGAUAAGUGAUUUUGGAAGGUGAAAUAAAACAAUAAAGAAUGCAGAAUAUUUUUA